GAUACGUAGUAUGGAGUGCACAAAUAGCCUCUCGGUUACUCCCAGCUUACAGUGGGCGAUUGAGACGAACGAUUAUAUUCGAAGUACGCCCAAAGAAACGGAUGUGCGCGUAGUGUUGUGUUUCUCUUUGUACAUAUUAGAUUAUUCGCGCUUUUAUUCUUCAAAUUCGCAAUUUUAUAGUAAGCGCAUGAAAUUUUGAGGUUAGGUUGUUAGUGACGAUAAUAUUGUUCAUAAAGAAGGAUGAAUAGAGAACCGGCGUGCUUGCACGUCGUUCUAACGGAAUAAUCUUUUAUAUCGGAUUAGUUAAAGAGGAUGACGAGUCUACCUGAUACAGGCGUGACAUGAAACAUCACGAAUUAGAAUGGAUUUGAACAAUUAUGAUGAUCAAUCAGACACAGGUGCGAUCGAACGUUACGAUCAUGAUAAUCGAAUAACUUCCGGGGAGGGGCUGUCUCCUGGACCUGGAGCCGGCCUCGAAUAUGAUUUGUGGGAAGGCCAGUUUCAAUUUGUCGGACAACCGUCCUCUCGCGGUAGUCGACUACCUCGUCGUCGUGGUCCUCGGCUUACCGAACAAGUUCAAAUGAUUCAAGAACAAAUGCAUGCUUUUCAAUCGGUCGGAGAAGAACGAUAUGUUAGAGCAAAACAAGAAAAUGCUACGUUACAGGCGAGAAUAUUAAUGUUAGAAGAAGCUGCCAAAGAUGCUGAAACUAGAGCCGAAGAAAGACUUCAAGCGGAACAACGAAGACAUAGAGAUUGGGCAAGUCGUUUAGAACGCGAACGUCAAUUGCAAUUAGAAAAUUAUGCUAUCAAAUUACAAGCAAUAGAAUUAGAAGAAACUAGUUUAAGAGAUGAAAUAGCAAGGUUACGCGAGCAACUCGAAAAAGUUAAAAUAGAGAAAAAUCGAUUAGAAAACGAUCUCGAAGAAGCUAGAAGAGAAAUAGAUAGCGCUCAUGAAAGUGAACGGCAAGCAAUAAGUCGAGCAAACGAAGCUCAUUAUCAACUUAAAGCUGUUAAAGAAGAAUUGACUAUGAAAAUUGAAGAUCAACAAAAAAUAGAAGAAUUAAUGCAACAAGUAGCACAACUUCAAGCUUGUAAUAAAAGUUUAGAAGAAUCACGAGAUGAAUUGCAAGCUGCAGCGGCUCUGCAGGCAGGCCGUGAACUUUUAAUGUUAAAUCCUUGUAAUAAUUCUGCUGAAAAAGGACCUAGUCUCGCUGUAGAAUUACUAGCUGGCAUGAAUCAAGAUCAGAUAGACGGUCAACUUUCUGGAGAUAAUGGUGAACCUUGUAAUAUAUCUGAAAUAAAACAAGCUUUAAAGGAACAACAAGAAGUCAAUACACAAUUAAGAGCAUACAUUGAUGGAAUUCUAUUAAACAUAGUUGAAAAUUAUCCCCAGUUGUUAGAAGUGAAACAAACUCAUUGAAACUAUUAUAUGAAUAGUUAUUAAAUUUAAUGUUAAUUGUUCCAGGCAAUUGUACAUUACUUUGUUGAAAUUUUUAAUUAUUUAUAAAUUUAUAUAAA